UUCCAGGGCUCCACAGUGCUCUGCAGACAACUGGCAGCCAGGAACUCAGCAGCCACCACUCUCUUCAGAUAUCUCUCUCUAUUUAAAGUUCAGUGGGAAGCUGGUUAACAAUAUCCCAGAGGCAGACAGUGGCCCUGAUCAGCCUACCCAACAACAGGGGAAAUGAGCGAAAAAGCAGAAUCCACAUUUCCACAUCUUCUGGUCCCUGUUCUUCUCUUGAUUGGCUGGAUUGUGGGACUCAUCACAAUGAUUUAUUUUGUCUUCUUUUAGAAAGGUGCUUGAAGGUCUUCUUCAACAGCAUGGUGAGAGGGAGGCAGGGAGACGGUGCGAAAGCUCCAGACAGCGACUGCGACCGCGACAGAGCUGGUUCUCGGAAAUUGAAUUCUAUGGAAUUGUACCCCUCUUAUCCCACAAUCUUAUUGAACAUUAUUAAUCACUAAUAAAAUAGACACUUAAAAAUAAA